AUGGAUUCAACUCGAACUAUAUCUGAGUUGAAAUCUGCAUUCAUUUGGAGCCAAGUCCGUAUCUUCUCCGAGAGCCUCGAUCUACCCGAAGACUGGCGAAACUUUGCUGCUGAAACCACGGAAGGUGAUCUGAGUGAGAAGGUGAUCGAAGAAGUUCUACACAAAGGUCAGGACGCGAAUCACCAUUAA